AUGAUUAAUGUCGCCAUAAUAGCGCAUAUCUUUGGGCGGCGUUUAUUCAAGCCCCACCAAUGGAACGUUGGGUAUUCUGUCAACUUCCUCUCACAUGACCCAAAGGCUGGCCAGGUUGAUUUCCUUGCCCAUUCGCCACGUCUGGCUGUGGGCGGCGUUUUGGUUGAAUUAUCGGAACUAGAUCGCAUCAAAAUGGCCACCAGCUUGCUCGGAAUGACAACUGCCUUGCCGGUCGUGAGGAGAAACGAUUGGCGACCAUCCAAACAGGAAGCCUUUGUCCCUUCCUCAGUCGCCCUGGCAAUGCAGUCGCGACGGCCCAUUGAUCAAGGCUCGCUUGUCUGCCAUUUACGCUUCACCUCAUUGCGUUGCCAAGCCAGUCCUGGGGGUGGGGAAGGAGAAAGAACUUGGUCUGUUGGCGGGCGUGUUUUGAGUGGGAAAUGA